AUGACUGGAUCUGGACGCGGAAAAGGUGGUGCGGGUAAGGCCAGGGCGAAGCCAAAGUCGCGCUCUUCUCGAGCUGGACUCCAGUUCCCGGUUGGUCGCAUCCAGCGACAUUUGAGGAAAGGCAACUAUGCCGAGCGAGUAGGUGCUGGUGCCCCGGUAUACUUGGCCGCCGUUCUCGAGUACUUGUCCGCCGAAGUCCUGGAGUUGGCAGGCAAUGCAGCUCGUGACAACAAAAAGACGAGGAUCAUUCCUCGUCAUCUUCAGCUGGCCAUCCGCAACGACGAGGAACUGAACAAGCUGCUCGCCAACGUCACGGUUACUCAAGGAGGUGUUCUGCCCAACAUACAAGCUGUCUUGUUGCCCAAGAAAACAGGAAAGAAAGAUUCCGCUGAAUAA